AUUGUUGCACACAUUUUCUAUUUAGAUCAUGCUGCACAUUAUGCUGUUAAACAUCAGGAUAGUAUAAGUUAAAAUCAUGUUUAAGUUUGUACGAUAAUUAUUCUAAACAUGGAAGUAACACCCGACUCAUGGUCAGCAACAUUUGGGGAAUCCAAGCUGGAAAACCGAGUUGUCAGUCACCAUGUAGUAGACUGGUCCGAUUGUUACACUGUUGCUGUGGCAACUGGAAGGAGUGUUGUUAUUUACUCGAUGGGUUUGUAUUCUGAAAGUCAGAAAUUGGAGACAAGUUUUUCGGUUGAAAAUAUUCCAAGAAAGGCAAACGUUGUGAAACAUGAUGUUGGGAUUGAAAGUUAUUUAAGUGAAUUUGAAUCGCUGUGCAACCAAUCUUCUAAUGUUGCUGCAUAUCCUGAUUACUCAAUAUAUAAGAUUCAACUUGAUCCUUUGCUCAGCCAAGCAACAGAUAGCACGUACAAUGAAUACGACAUGGUUAGAUUUUCCCCAAGAAUGUCCACAAAGUUCACCAAUCAUUGCUUCCUUGCCACCCUCACGCUUGAUAACAGGUGUGCGAUUCUAUACAAAGUUUCCACUGGUGCUGAAACAGAAUGGAAAGAAAUAAUUUGUCCAUCGGAACAGCUUCAUGCCUAUUUAAAUGAAAACAAGCGGUAUUUUCCUGGCUUUAAAAUGGAUUCUACUUUAACAAAGUUGGAAAAACUGAUAGAGCAAAAAUAUGCUGCUUCAAUUGCUUGCAUGGACUGGUCUGAUGUGUACACCAGGUUUGAUGCUAAUGAUGAAACCAAGGAAGUUUAUUUUGCGACAUCAACCAGAGCUGGCUUUGUUGUUAUAUGGAGAUGUGUUGUGCCUGAUUUUGAAAAACCAAACUUGAACAUUGUUUAUGUCUUUCAGUGUAGCUAUCGUGAUAUUGCAGAAAUAAAGUGGUGCCGUUAUGCAGAGAGAAAUAGAACCAAAACGAGUGACAACUGCUCAUUAUGUAUUUCUUCAUUGCAAGGCCAAAUAUCUGUAUGUCGAUUUAAAAUUAAGGACGACAGUAUAACUUUGAAGUUGGAACGGGAAAUUUGGGGCGAAAAAGACAAUCUAAUAGCUAGGCACUUCCAGUUUAUAGACAUUGAGGUUGGGUGUUCAAUGUUACUUGCUGCCAAAUCCCAGAUUCUCAUUGCCAUGAAACUUAAUGCUAAUUUAGAAGUUUGUGCUCAAGUAACUAACCUUGAUGCACACAUCAUGCCAAUAACAGGCAUGUCUGUUGUAAAACAUGGCACAACCCACGGCUGGUAUACAUGCAGUGGUGAUGGUACUAUGGUCAAGUUAGAUGUGGUUUUGGAUGAUGAGAAUAUUAAGUUAAAUAAGGAAAUCUUAGGCACUUCAUCUGACAUCGGUGCAUACAAAAGUAUUUCCCCUUCCAUGAUGCAUGGUAUUGCUGUUUCACCAAACGCUGCAUUCAUUGCUGUUGUUACAUCUAAACCAAUCAUCAUUUCAAGCAUACAAGUCAACAAUGUUGCAUUCCUGUCUUUUAAACGCAACAGCACACCAUACAAUGCAGCCGUGACGUUGCAAUCUGCCGCGUUUGAACAAAACAGCUUAAACGUGUGUUAUCACUUCCUUGAUGUCAUUGAAAUAAUAAGACAACAUUAUUUUGUAAAUCAAAAUCUGGAAACAGUUCUUGAAGAAUUUUUAACCAUUGCACCAAAUAACUAUCAAGAUGAAACUGUUAAAUUACAACUCAGGUGGCAUCUUCUACAGAUAAAGUACUCGUAUAUCAAUUCAUGUCAAACACCUAGUCCUUAUAGACAGAAUGAGAAUACAGAUCCGAACACCAAGCUUCUGGAAGAGAAAAUUAAAGAGGUUGAAUUAUUGCUUAUCGUUAGUCAAAUGCUCAAAGUAAUCAAGCUCUGGUGUGAAAAUGGUGUUCCAUUAGAUUCCAUGGUUCCAGUUGUUCAGCUUGUUAAAUGGUUGGAAAGCAAUAAGUCAAAACUUAGCUUACAGAGCAGAAAUGUUAUCUACCAAGCUAAAUCCCUGCCUGCAUAUCUCAUGCUACCAACUUGCCCUGUUUGCUUGAUUACUGGUCAAGACUUAGCCUUAUGUUUGGAUGGUUUGACAUUUUUCUCUGAAGAUGGUUCAAGGUGGCCAGCAUGUUGUAUUACGUUUAGUCCAUUGCAAACCUACAAGAAACGAAAAUCUUCAUGUUCAUCACUAUUUGGAAAGAAAUGCGAAAUAAAUGAUCCUGAAUGGAUCAAAGAACUUCUGUCGAUGGAGUGUUUGUUUUCUGGCACUCCGUUAAUCUGAUAUACAUGUGUUUUUAUAAUACACAAUCAUGUUUCUAUUGUUCGUCAUUCAAAAUCAACACAAUGGUUCAAGUGUAGAAAAUUUAUUCAAAAAUUUUAUUUCAUCUUUUUGGUCUUGAUAACUGUCUCAGUUUUGUUUUAUUAUAAACAGCUUUUGUUCAGAAGGCAGUGGAAUUAAAAAUUGUUUCUGUACGUUUUA